AUGAAUCAAGUGAGUACGAAAGAAUUUCAGGAUAUCUUCAAAAAAAAAGGUUGGUCAAUUAAAUUUUAUGUUGAAGAAAUAAUGCAUUAUUUAGUAGCAAAUAAUAGUAAAAUUGGAGUUAAAGUAAUUGCGUUUAGAGGUACAAAUUCAGUUUCUGAUCUACUCGAUGAUAUUCAAUUAUUUACAGAAUCCAUAAUUCCACAAACAUCUGUUAUAAUAACUCAAUUCUUUACAAAACAAAGUAUGACAAAAUUAAGUAAUUUUCUCUCAAUUUUUGGCUCAAAGGCUUUGCCACGAACUCCUUUCUAUUUAGUUACAAUUGCAAAGAAAAUUGUUGAAAGACAUCAGAAAAUGGAACCAAAAAUACCAAUUAUACUUACGGGACAUUCUCUUGGAGGAGGAAUUGCAAAUAUUGUUGGAAGUGAUAUGAGUUUAGUGAGUCUUGGAAUAUCACCUCCUGGUACUUAUUUAGGUAGAAAGAGUCUUGAAUUGAAACAAAAAAAAUAUUAA